AUGUUCAGUCGAAACGCGACAAAGGCUGCCCGCGCGGCGCCAAGCAUCCGUCAAUUCGCGAGAGAGGCACCCGUUGCUUCUGCGCGCAAUCACAAAGUCGUCGUGGUCGGCGGCGGCUCUGCCGGCCUGGCGAUCAGCCACCAGCUGCUUCACUCGGGCAAGUUCUCGCAGGACGACAUUGCGGUUGUCGACCCUGCCGAGUUCCACCACUACCAACCGGGCUGGACCCUGGUGGGCGGCGGUCUCAAGACCAAAGAGGAGCUGCGUCGCCCUAUGAAAAGCUUGAUUGAUCCCAAGCUCAAGUAUUAUAAUGACAGCGUGGCGACUUUCGCACCCGAGAAGAACAGCGUCAAGCUGGGCAAUGGCGACAGCGUCAGCUACGAGCAGCUGAUCGUUGCCCCGGGUCUUACCCUCAAUUGGGGCAACAUCAAGGGUCUGCAAGAGGCUCUGGCUGAUAAGAGCUCGCCCGUCUCUUCCAUCUACGGCUACGACACUGUCAGCAAAGUUUUCGGCACCAUUCAGAAGCUGGAGAAGGGCAACGCCUACUUCACCCAUCCCGCGGGCGUUGUCAAGUGCGCCGGCGCGCCGCAGAAGAUCAUGUGGCUGGCUUUGGACCACUGGAAGCGCGCUGGUCGAUAUGACCCUUCCAAUCCAGCCAGCUCGGACAUCAAGAUCAACUUCGCGACUGGCAUGCCGGUCAUGUUCGGUGUGCCAAAGUACAACAACGCUCUGACGGCCAUGCAGCAGGAGCGCGGCGUGAACGCCCUCUUCCAGCACGACUUGGUCUCCAUCGACGGCAACAAGGCGACCUUCGCUCUCCCCGAGGGCAAGUCUGCGACUAAGCAGUUCGAUCUUCUGCACGUGGUGCCGAAGAUGGGAGCCCCCGCGUUCGUCAAGAACAGCCCGCUCGCCAACGAGGCAGGUUUCGUCGACGUCGACGACGGAACCACCCAGCACAAGAAAUUCUCCAACGUCUGGUCAGCCGGUGAUGCGUCCAGCCUGCCCACCUCCAAGACCGCCGCAGCCGUGACCGCACAGGCGCCCGUGCUCGUCCACAACAUUUUGCAGACGAUGGAGGGCAAGAAGCCCGAUGCCGUUUAUGACGGAUACACCUCCUGCCCGCUGCUGACCGAGUACGGCAAGGUGCUCCUGGCGGAGUUCAAGUACGGCGGCGUGCCCAAGGAGACAUUUGGCAACUGGUUCGGCAUCAACCAGGCCACGCCACGUCGCGCCUUCUACUACCUGAAGAAGGACUUCUUCCCCUGGGUGUACUACAAAUCCAUGGUGAAGGGCGAAUGGGCUGGACCUAAGGGCUGGAAGAGUUAG